CGUACUUACAUAUUAACAAGGCAUUUUCUCCCGGUAGCUUCGCGUCAAGUCAAGUCAUAUCUCGAUAGGGCAACAUGCCCCCGCUGAAACGACGACGCGAAGGCGAUGAGCACGAAUGCGCCGUGCCUGAAGACCCUGUAGCCGCCGCCUCGUCACAGGCUGACGCCAACGCCGGGUUCGACUCUCGAGACGGAGAGUUCUGGCUCGAAGACGGCAGCAUCAUCCUCGUAUCGCGCCGAACUGGUUUCCGAGUGUACCGUCAUCUGCUGGCGGCACAGUCCCUUGUCUUCCACGACUUGGUGGCGUCGGCGGACCCGUCCACCGGCGAGAACUUCGAAGGAUGCCCGCUCGUUCAUCUCUCCGACUCACCUGAGGACCUGCGACAUCUUCUCAGGGCCAUCCUACCUAUUUCUAACACUACCUUCUUCCGCGAGACCGAGCGCGAAGGCGUGAUAAUGACCUUCGACGAGCUCUCCGCGGUCAUCCGUCUCUCCCACAAGUACGCUAUCGCGGACCUCCAAAAGCAAGCCAUCCGCGCCCUGAAGUCGUGCUUCAAGACCAACUUCGAUGCCCUCGAGUGGGACGUCGAAGAGGAUGUCAAAGGCUGUGUAGACUGGACGGACGUCCAUGCCAUCGGCGCAGUCAACCUUGCACGCCUCACCGACACCCUCGAGAUCCUUCCGUACGCGCUCUACCGGUGCACCCAGCUGCAUGGGCUUGUGCUCAGCGGCUGGACGCACGAGGACGGCACGGUUGAGCAUCUGGACAGGGACGACCUCCGGCGGUGCAUGGACGGCCGCGGCGAGCUCGCAUGGGAGAUGAACGCGCUCGUCUCCGCGAUCUUCGCCUCGGGAUACGGAAACCAGUGCGAGACUACAGACGCUUGUCGGGCGGGCCACGGGCUCGUCCUGCUGGGGAUCCUGAAGGGAGGAUUUGGGGGCACGGUCACCCCGGACGUCCUGAGGAGUUGGAGCAGGAUCAUCGCAUCGUUGCCGAGCAUCUGCGAGGCUUGCAAGGAAGGCAUGCAUGAGCGCGAUAGAGCUGAGCGGAGGAAGGUUUGGGAGAGGCUGCCUCGUUUGUUCGACCUCGAGACGAAUCAACGUGUGGAUGGUGAUCUUUACUAGGUGAUACGACUAGGGUGCUCGAGCCCGGGCUCUG